AUGAACAACGCCACCACAGAGAAAGGCGACUGCUCCGCCGAAGCGUAUCGUGGGCCAAAACUACCCAACGUCCCAGAGGACCUUGUCGUUCCCGGGGUAAUGGACCUCGAAUGCGACGAGCGCCUAUGGGUUCCUCAAGCGAAAGACGUUUGGUUCCGACCAUUAUGUUUCAACGUCUCUCACGGCUAUUUUGUCAACAUUCUUCGCGUGCGGAAGAGCGGUAUUCUGUCACGACAUCGCCAUACAGGUCCCGUUCACGCAACUGUCUUACGAGGACGUUGGCACUACCUUGAGCACCCUUGGUGGGCUGAAGAAGGUGGUUACGCAUUUGAACCUCCUGGUGAUAUUCAUACCUUGGAGGUUCCGGACGGGGUAAAUGAAAUGUACACCUUGUUUCAUGUUACGGGCGCGUAUAUUUACGUGGAUGUUGAUGGAGUCCCUCUUGGGGUCGAGGAUGUAUUCAGCAAGUUGGAAGCAGCUCGGAAGCACUACGAAAAUAUUGGAUUAGGUGCAGAUUUUGCAGAUCAGUUUGUUAGAUAA